CAUAUUGUUGGGUAUUCGAUUACAACAGGAGUGACCUCUACACGUCAACAUCUGAGCUUCUUUAGUUUAGUGUUUACUUGAUAUUGUUUUACUCUCUUUUUCUGCGCAACCUCAUCAACUUCAACCGUCAUGUCCACUUACGCAACCUCGAUUCUUAUCACGGGCGGAACCCAGGGCAUGGGCUACCAUACCGCGCUCAGUCUCGCCAAGCAACAGCCAUCAACCCUGAUCGUUAUCGCCUCUCGUACAGAUCCCAAGAACGCGGCUGCCAGUAUCAACAAGUUACUGGACCAGUCCAACGUCAUAUACAUGCCCCUCGACCUCAGCUCCUUGGCCAAAGUGCGCGAAUUCGCCACACGAUGGGACACCGCAGGCCAUCCUCCCAUUCAAGCCUUGGUGUUUAAUGCAGCCAUACAGUUUCCUGGAGGAAUUGAAUAUACACAGGACGGAGUCGAGGCCUCUUUCGGCGUGAACCAUCUCGGCCACGCGCUACUAUUCCAUUUACUAGUGUCGAAACUGACGAACGACGCAAGAGUCGUGAUCGUGAGCAGCGGCGUGCACGAUCCUUCGUUGAAGUGGGGCUUAUCACCCGCAUAUACGACGCCGGAGGAAGUUGCAUAUCCGAAGCCCGAGGCUAUCAAGGGGAGCAGUGGGCGGGAUAGGUACGCAACUAGUAAAGUUGCGAAUGUGCUUUGGACACUCGCACUCGGCCGACACUUUGCGUCCCAGCCCAGUCACAACGAUAAGACCGUGGUAGCGCUGGACCCAGGUCUAAUGUUCCCUACCAACCUCGCACGCAACGCAUCGUGGAUUGUCCGCUUCCUCUCCCUAAAUGUAGCGCCUCGACUUGUUCCGUUGCUGAGGGCGGUGGUCAGUAGCAACAUCAACUUGGCAUCGGAGAGCGGAGAAAAUCUGGCGUGGUUGGCAGUCGGCAACGAGGUCCGAGGUAAAAAAGGUGUAUACUUUGAAAAGAGGGGGGAGCAUUGUGUCAGCAAGCAGGCUGAACAGGAAGAAUUGCAAGAAGAAUUGUGGAGGUGGACGAUCGACAAGGUUGCGGAAAGUCCAGAGGAAAAGGCACGUUUUGCGAAGAUCGAAUAGAUUGGCCUAAACUAAGAUUCGGGGAGUUUGGCCCUAUUGAUUCAAGGAUAUGGGGAAGACUGGUGCAUGUGGUACGAUGUGCAGAUGGAGAGCACAGCGUGUUUUGAGUUAACCGGAUCGGCGUCUUGAGUUGCCUCGGGAUUUGGCUUGUAGUGAACACCUGUUACUUCGUUAAUAGUUUUGUUUUUUCUAUAUCUCCAUAGUCUGUUAAUUAAGAGGGACAUUGAUAUCUCAACCAAGAAGCCAUCAAAUUCAGGGGUUGACGAUUUGAAGUGCGACCUCCGGAUUCGACCUAAGCGAUG